GAUGUUACCAUCAAGAGAGCUGUCACUUUGCCAAACUUGCUGUUCAUCUGAAAACCAAUGAAUAUGUGUUAGUUCAAAGUCUCCCACUUGCCUCACUGAGUUCAGUGUUGUUUCCUGUCUGCUAGUUGACAUUAGAAGUGGAAGACCAACAACAAGGAUCUGGGUUUUGACUUUCAGCAAAUUUUAAGCAAAAAUGUGAAUGUAGUAACAGUUUGGUGCUCGUGGGAGCUUCGACUCUCCUAGUGCUUUUUGUUAAAUUGUAUCGUUUUACAAUGCAAUCGAUUUGGCAUAAUCUUCCAUGCAAUUACAAAUAAUAACAAAAAUAUCAUAAAUAUUGCUGCUUUGAGCCACUUUUCUCUUUAAAAGCUUGUAUUAUUUUAAAAUGUCUGUAAGUGACCCUUUAAUUAAAGAUCUGAAAGGACAUCUCCGCACUUUAAUCGAGCAGCAUUUUAGUCCAGAUGAAGGAAAAAAGUCUCCAGUGACUGACGAGAGUGAUAUUUUGGUUAAAUUUUGUGAGUCUCUUGAGAGCGUUCUCUCAAAAGGUCUUAAGCCACAGUUGACUCCUCUUGGAUUUGGAAAAGAAGGAGAUGUUUGGACUUGGAUGUCAUUCUUUGGAGAUCAACGCAAAGGAGCUACAUUUGGUUACGAAUAUGCUGUUAGCUCAGUUAAGAAAGAUUCCAAAGUCUCCACCAAUGUUGGGAGAAUGCGCCUGCUUAUAAGAACUUGUCUCUCUCAUCAUUGCCUUUUCAAACCAAUUGAAAUGAUUGUGGGCAAUCCACAGCUGGCCUCAAGAUGGUAUCACAGUGGUAAUUCUAUUGUUGCUCAUGAAAUACUGGGGGAGAUAUUACUAUCAGUGAUGCACCAGGUUGGACAGUUAGUUUUUCACUUAGACAUCACAAAUUCAUUUUUCCUCGAUGAAAGCUGGCUCAUUCCACCACGUCUAAAGUUUGAAUUUGUUCCCAGUAAAGAACUUGGAAUAUGUGUGGUGUUUGUACGAGGGAAGGGUUUAAUUGUUGGCUUGAGGGAACAUGGAGUAGCUGCUGAAAAUGAAUCCAUUGUAAUUGGCGAUGUGCUUGAAGAAUUGAAUGGCAAUGUUGUUUCGGGAACUAUGAAAGGACGGCUCUCCUCUGCUUUGCGCCGUAAUGUUGGACAGCCUACAGUACUCAGCAUUAUAAAGUCUAACUACAACACAGGAAAGCCCUAUCCUCCUUUACAAUUUCUGAGAAAAAUCGCAAAUGUUGAUCCAUCAGAAUUGGAAAGGUUGCAAUUCUCAACGUCUGUUAACUCUGAAGCAAAGAGCCCUUAUGUAAAGAAGGCCACAAAUGAUUCUUAUCUAGUCACAAAGGGGACUGGGUAUCCUGUCAUGUAUGUUGGAUCUGUGCCAGUGGGUGCAAAAGGUGAUUUUAGUCUUGUGGAGACUGCUGUUGAAAACAUAUUUAAAGCAAAUGAGAAACCUACACACCAACCGGUGCUGCUGGAAUGCCAAGAAAUGAAUGUUCGUGUUGCAAGUCAAGACACGGGAAAGACCUUAAUGCGUCAUACCUUCAUGCAAAUUUCUUCCUGUGGUAGCAGUUAUGAAAGAGAGGGUUACUUUGGUUACAUUGCAGGUGAUGAAAGCUGCAAUGUGGCUAAAGAUUUUACUUGUCAUGUGUUUUAUUGGAAGGACGAUGAGCGGAUCAAUGUAAUCCUUAACAGUAUUGCUCAGGGCUUUCAACGGACUCAUUAUGUUGUCUAGUUACAUUGAUUAAACUAGUAAGUUUGUGGUGUAUAUGCCAGGUAGAACACGUUGUCAAAAUAAUGUCAAAAUGACCUCAUUUUGACACUCAUCGUCAAAAUUUACUGCAGCUAGGUAGCCAUAAUGAGCUCAUUUUGACCUCAAAUGAGGAUCAUUGACGAGUUUUUGACGAUUGUGUUCUACCUGGGAUUUCUGAAGAGGCUAGAAAUAUGCUUUGCAAUUUUUAUUAUCAUUCCUGUGUGAUAUUGAUUUGGAUAUGUCUUUUUACUAUUGUGAUAUUUUGUAGUGUUUUAAAAACUAAGUAUAUUGCUGUUUUUUUGUUGUUUUUUUUUUAUUUUGUUUGUUUCAUGUUGAUAUUUGUGGUCAUGGUAGCACAAUUUUUUUUCAUUUUAAGAUUGCAUUAUUAUUACAUCAAACAAAAGCUUCUGUACAAAAGUUAAAUUUGAAAAUUUAGUCUUCCUCUCUAUACAUGUUACCAAAUGUUUCCGUGUGGGAUCAUUUUUUAUAGUUGUUAGAUCUAAUUUGUACUCAAGCAUUAUUUGUAUUUCUGUGUAAGAUAUUUUGCUCACAUAUUGUGAUUCAUUUUGAAAUGGUAACCACCAUUUGGUAAGAUUACUGUAUGUCAAAUUGUAAAACUUCUUUGAAGAUUCUUUACCACUAUUGCUAAUUUUGAUUGAGAACAUUUUUGUGUGCAUAGCAUACUAGUCCAAAAUCCACUCAGUGGAGGGGGAUCUCUCCACCGCGCCACAAUCAUAUCCUCUCACCAUAUCUUAUAUCAACAAUUCCAAUGCUCUAAGUAUCCAAGUUACGAAUCAAUGUUAAAUCCUCAAAUGUGUGUUUUUGGUAUGCUGUCCCACAUAGUUCAAAUUCCGUGUUGUGAAUUAUCAAUCCAAAUGGCAUUUGGUUUCUUGCUCGACCUCAUCAGUAUCUACUCGAUCUCUUAAGUUGUGUUUACAUAGUUCUGACAGACGUUUUCGUCGAUUUUGUAUUUUAUGAGUACUGGUAGCACAAUCUUACAGCUUUGGAUUUUAUUUUGAAAGCUUAUCACAGCUCAACAAUUACACUGUAUCUAAUUAUUACAAUAAUGUCAAAAUAUUUUCAUGUCCUGUUCUGUGAAAGGCAGCCUACACUGCUAGUCACAUAAAUACUUUAUUUGUGUGGCACUGAUUAAAACCAAAAUGGAUUGAAAA